AUGGCGGACGUUGUGGAGCACGCCGCGUCGGCGGGGACCGAGAAUGUGCGCCUGGAGCGGAUGCGCGAAGCGCUGAGCAAGUUUUUGGAGUUUAUUGAUUUGAAGGCCAAGUACGUCGUGCACACUGCUCACCGCAGUGCAAAAAACUUUGCUGUAUCGCUGCCGGACCUCGACGAAGUCGCGCUGGAGAAAGUGCGGCUUCUGUUUGUGCAAGACUUGAAAUCAGAGAUCAGGAACGAUUUGGAGCAGCUUGUUACGAAAUACGACCUACGCGCGCGCCUGGACGAAUUGGAACUGCUCACCAGCGAGGCAGACGAGCGGCAAAAGCGCGAUUAUGCCCCUCAUGCGUCAGAGCUCAAGGAUGUGUGGCGUCCUGAUCUUGAUAUUUCUACAGCGAUACGUGCGCGCGUCGCGACCGAACAAGAAUCGCGGAUCGCUGCGCUGGAGGAGGAGCUUGCUGAGCUUUACGCAUCGAAUGCCGAGUCGUACGCGCGAAUCGAGGCGUCCGAGGCACAUAUUCAUGCUGCGCAAGAGCAGGUCUCUGUAUCGUGCGCUAUGCUCGACAAGCUGCUUGCCUCUGUGGCGCUUUCAGAUCAGGGGAAUGGGCGUUCAGUGCAUACUAUGAUGGAUGCACUCAUUACUGAGCUGGGCCCUGCAUAG